AAGAUAAAAAAAAGGGUUCAACAAAAGAAAAUUUCCUAAAAAGUUAACCUAUAAAACUCCAUCAACAAACUCUCUUGUUUGGCCUUUGGCCAAUUUCAGUGAAGGAGUAGGCAACUACAAUUUUUCAUCAAUGUUUGGUGAUAAAAGAUUGAAAGACACAAACUCUGUAGAACAAUUUGAGGUUCAUACAAAAAGUUCACUCCUUUUGUCUGAUUCUUGUUUUCUUUAGAUUUUAAAUUCAAGAUUCAUCUUACCCAUUAUUAAACUUGGUGGACUGUAUAUAGGGGGUGGGUGUGGAGUGGAUGAAGUGUGAACAAAAUGGAAGCAGUUGAAGAUGGAAAUGGGGGUGAGAUAUGGAAAGCCCAUGGUGCAAUGGUUUUGGUACAGCUUUUCAAUGGUGGUUACCAUGUGAUUACUAAAGUGGCUCUUAAUGUGGGCAUGAAUGAAAUUGUCUUCUGUUUGUAUAGAGAUCUUAUUGCUAUAGCUAUUCUUGCCCCAAUUGCCUAUUUCCGUGAAAAGAGUGGACAUAGGCACUUUGUGAGUAUCCUGCACUAGUCAAUGCAGUUGUAAGCUUAAUGUUGCGUUGUCUUGAAGCCUGCUUCGACCCAUACGAUGACUUAACUGGCCUACAAACUUUCUUUUCCCACUGUUUGUGGAAACUGGAAACCUUGUGGCAAACUCAUAUACACUUCCUCAGAUAAAUUACCCUGUAAGAAGGCAUUGGACAAUUGAUUUGAUGUACAGGAGGUCAAGGCUCCCCCUGAGUAAACGACUACUACUGUCAUUCUUCAUUUUAGGAUUAACUGGUAUUUUCGGUAACCAACUGUUGUUCCUUCUUGGACUUGGCUACACAAAUCCGGCUUACGCUGCUGCGUUGCAACCUGCAAUACCAGUCUUUACGUUCAUACUUUCUGUACUUAUGGGUACAGAAACUGCGAAGCUUCUUACUAUGGAAGGUCAGGCAAAAGUUGGAGGUACCGUUGUUUGUGUUUCUGGGGCGAUUUUGAUGGCUGUAUUCCGUGGUACAGCGGUGUUUGGAGACGGCACAUCAGACUUCACAGCACAGAUUGAGAUAAGUGCUAAGGGUCAACCAGAGCCUGCUGGAUGGCUAAUGUCUAGUCUUCUGGAGUUGGGAUUUGAUAAUUGGCACCUAGGCGUCUUAUGCUUGAUAGGAAACUGUAUGUGCAUGGCAGCAUACAUAGCUUUUCAGGCUCCAGUUUUGAGAGAAUACCCGGCAAGCUUAACAUUGACAGCAUAUUCUUACCUUUUUGGCGUUAUACCAAUGAUAGGGACGUCAUUCCUUGUGACCAAUGGAUCAACAGAUUGGUAUUUGACACAAUCUGAAGUUGGUGCUGUGUGCUAUGCUGGAAUUAUUACAUCAGCGCUGAACUAUGGACUUACUACUUGGUGCAAUAAGGUUAUUGGCCCUGCUUUAGUUUCUUUAUACAAUCCGCUUCAACCUGCUGCAACAGCAAUUUUGUCUAGUAUUUUUCUUGGGAGCGCUAUUUAUCUGGGAAGCAUUUUGGGAGGACUUCUCAUUAUAGCAGGGCUUUAUUUCGUAACUUGGGCAUCUUACAGAGAGAAACAGGCAGCCAUGGGAACUAUAACUCAUGAUCCGCGGAUAACGGAUCCCUUAAUCCCAUAUCAGAUAGGACAUAAUUCCUCUGUUCCUUCUUCCUCAAUGCCAAAGAUCAGUGAUUAGAUGUUGCCACAGAUAUCCUUUGCAUGCCCUAUUCUUCAUGAUAAUGUGUAGUUCAGUGCUAAGAAGAAUGAUAAAUAUGUAUUGCAGUCAUACCUCCGUCACUCGAUUAUAGAGGGUUGGAACCCUGCAUUAUUCGUAUUCACUGCAUUGGAAUAGGCUGAACCCCCUACAAUCUCGUUAAAUUGAACAUGGAACUCCUUAUUCCAAUCCGGAAACCGAAGGAUUGGGGCUGACAGGUCUUUCUUAUUAUCGUUACUUGGGUUACUGUUACGUAUUAUUUACAUAGUUUAGUCUCCAAAGCGAGCAGCAGUAAGUUCUCUUUAUGCAAUGAUGGGGUGAUUGAUAUUUAAGGCUAGUUUAUCAACUUUGACAUUUGCGAGAUUGCUUGGUCAAAUAAUAAGAUUACCAAUACAAUUUUUAGAUUGUGCAAUUCAGCUAAUCUAUCUUGAUAAUGUUGACGAGUUUACGUCUCAGGCCUUAUUAUUGUAUGCCAUUCGGAUAUUAAGUAAACAUCAUAUUGUUCAUGUUCAUACUCAAAA